GAAAUGUUCAAAUGUGCUAUUUGUGGGACUGACCCUCUUCUCUUGCCUCCUCCUCCUCCUCGUUCUCCUCCUCCUCCAGUAUUUUUUCCCUCCUCCAUGGUAAUCCAGUCACCUGACCAAACGCCAUGCAAAUCACUCCGCUGCUAGAGCCUCAUUGGCCGCUUGUGGCUCAUUUAACCGCUGUCAGUGCGCAUCAUAUGGCCGCCACUUUACGCAACUUCUGAACUCCGGCAGGGAAAGUGGCUCCAAUGCGCUUUUCUCUCUUUUGUGGAUGUGAACCGGCUGCAGACAGACUGACAAACUCUCUGGAGAACAUUUUCCUCUUGGAAUAAUUCGAACUUCCUCGUCGCUUCGUUUUGGGGUCAGUAGAGCGUCUCUCUGUUGUGAAGCCGCAGUCCGCCUGUGCACAACCGUCCCUGAGCGAGAAGCGAGCGCGCCUCUCCGAGCGUGAGACAGACUUUUUCUCUGUGUCGGUGGUAACGUUUAAAAGCAGGUGAAUGUAUAGCAUGAUGAUGGAGACUGACCUCCACUCCCCCGGACACCAGACGAACACGUCCACGGGGCAAACGGGGCCGAAUGGCGGCUCCAAAGCCAACCAGGAGCGCGUAAAGAGACCAAUGAACGCCUUCAUGGUGUGGUCCCGGGGGCAGCGGAGGAAGAUGGCUCAGGAGAACCCCAAAAUGCACAACUCGGAGAUCAGCAAGCGGCUCGGCGCGGAGUGGAAGGUGAUGUCCGAGGCGGAGAAGCGUCCUUUCAUCGACGAGGCGAAGCGGUUGCGCGCCAUGCACAUGAAAGAGCACCCGGAUUACAAGUACCGGCCCAGGCGGAAGACCAAGACGUUGCUGAAGAAGGACAAGUACUCCCUCGCGGGGGGGCUCCUCUCUGGACCCAGCGGCGGCGCCGGAGUUGGUUUGGGCGUCGGCAUGAGUUCCUCCGGGGUCGGACAGAGGUUGGAGAGCCCCGGGGGCCACGCGGGCUCCGCGGGCUCCGGCUACGCGCACAUGAACGGCUGGGCGAACGGCGCGUACUCGGGGCAGGUGGCUGCAGCCGCGGCGGCCGCUGCCAUGAUGCAGGAGGCGCAGCUCGCCUACAGCCAGCACCCGGGCAGCGGGGCGCACCACCACCACCAUCACUCGCACCACCACCACUCCCACAACCCGCAGCCCAUGCACCGCUACGACAUGACGGCCCUGCAGUACAGCCCCAUCUCGAACUCUCAGAGCUACAUGAACGCCUCUCCGUCCGGCUACGGCGGGAUCACCUACACGCAGCACCAGGGCUCCGGCGUCUCCUCCUCCUCCGCCAUGGGCACGUUAGGGUCGCUGGUUAAGUCGGAGCCGAGCCAAAGUGACCAUCAAAGUCAUUUCCAGUGGAUCACCGAGGGCCGACUGUGAUUCACAGAUAGCACCUUGUCUCUUCCGCUGGCAGGCCGUCAUUACGCCAAACACCAGGAGAGACGGCUGCUGUGGGCAAGAAGACCUUUAGGAAAAUGUCAGCACCUCCAGUUUCCACCGUUUAACUCUUCCCUCUGCAACACUACCUGCUCUAAACCCUUUAAUUACACGAUCUGUUUUUUGUGUUGCUCAGUGUUUGGUAUCCCAGUGAUUUCAGAGCUUUUUUCCUUUUUUUGCCAUCCUUGCUCCUAUAUUUAUCCAGUCUCAGAAGAAAAAAAUACAAACAGAACCAGAAGGGACAGCUUGCCUGUCUUUAUAUCCUCCGUGUUUUUUCUGUUAUUCUUGUAUAUUUUCAAGUGUGUCUAAUGUGACGUCUGGCCGCAGAAGAGGACACUUGAGGAGAUCCGGCUUUCUGUAAUUUGAAUCAUUGAUGCUUUUUCUUUUUUGGCCGUGACCCACAGUGUAAAUUUUUCCUUUGGAGGGAAACCAAAAAAAAAAUGCAAUGAAUAAAAGCAUUAAGACCUCUUUCUGCAGCUAUAAUUAGCACUUAUAUGAAUGCACGACAUGCAGAUUUUUGCAUUGAUUUGUGAUUAAAAGGAAAAAAUUAAACAUUUAGAGAGCUAA